ACCACGCCACACAGGCGAGAUUGGGUCCUUGGCCGGUGCGCCAGCCUUGAGGUGAGGGGACCGCUCUUCUCCAGCUGAGACUGUAGGAGGAAGCAGUGCAUUUGAAGCAAACGAAGUUGAGCCAGUUUAAUCUGACGAAGCCUCCGAGCAUCUGGCUGCCAAAGGCCAAAGACCAUUUCUUGGUAUCUGGGGACACCGACCUGCCCUUUCCAGUUCUCUAUAGAGCUGCACCGUCUGGAAGCACGUAGGAAGGCAGCGGUACUGGCUCCCGCCUCCAACCUGCCCGCAGCCAUGGAGAACAGCAGCAAGUUCGACAGUCCCACAAACAUCUCCCUGGCCAGCAGUGAUGCCAUCUUCGACGUGAUUGAAUACAAAGCCAUCUCGGUCUUCCUGGUGCUGGUGAUCUGUGGGGUGGGGAUCGUGGGCAACAUCAUGGUGGUGCUCGUGGUCCUCAUCACCCGGGAGAUGAAGACACCCACCAAUUGCUACCUAGUUAGCCUGGCAGUGGCCGACCUGAUGGUUUUGGUGGCUGCUGGCUUGCCGAACAUCUCGGACAGCCUGGCAGGGACGUGGAUCUAUGGGCAUGCCGGCUGCCUCGGGAUAACCUACUUCCAGUAUCUGGGCAUCAACGUCUCCUCCUGCUCCAUCACGGCCUUCACCGUGGAGAGGUACAUCGCCGUUUGCCACCCAAUGCGCGCCCACACCAUGUGCACGGUAUCCCGGGCCAAGCGCAUCAUUGCCUUCGUUUGGAGCUGCACCUCCAUCUACUGCACGCUCUGGUUCUUCCUGGUCGACAUCAAUGUCAACAAGAGCCAGCACCUGGAAUGUGGCUACAAGGUCUCCCGCAAUCUCUACCUACCCAUCUACCUGCUCGACUUUGCCCUCUUCUUUGUCACCCCCUUGUUUGUGGCCACCAUGCUCUACGGGCUGAUCGGGAGAAUCCUCUUCGCCAGCCCCAUCCCCGACCAAGCUGACGCCACCGCUGAGCCCUGGAGAGAGAGGAGCGGGAAGGAGAAGAACGGAGUGGACACACGGGGGAGCAAGCCCAGCAGCCGCUCCAGGACCAGAGGGGCUCUGUCCUCCCGGAAGCAGGUCAUCAAGAUGCUGGCGGUGGUGGUGAUCCUUUUCGCCCUGCUCUGGAUGCCCUACCGGACGCUGGUGCUGGUGAACUCCUUCAUGGAUAACCCCUUCCUGAACCCGUGGUUCAUCCUCUUCUGCCGGCUCUGCGUCUACGCCAACAGCGCCAUCAACCCUGUUGUCUACAACCUCAUGUCCCAGAAGUUCCGGGCCGCCUUCAAGCGGCUGUGCAAGUGCGGGGGGGAGCCAACGCCCCACAGCCUGUACAUGGGCACGGCCAGCUACAGCCUGGCGAGGGAGCCCCUGCCGCCCACCCCCCAGCCCCUGGACCCCAAGGAAGGCAAACAGGCCCCAGCGGCGAGCAACACGGCUCUGCCCAAGCAGCAGCAGCCACCACCAUGGAGCAAGGACGACAACGGGGACAAGCUGUACUGCAGUGUGGUGUAGACGCCCCCGCCAUCUCCAUGGCUCCCCCGUCUCCAUAUAUAGAUGUGCCCCGUGCACUGGGGAGGCUGGGCUCAAAAUCCAGAUCCGAUCUACAUCGAUGUCCAGCGCUGGCACUCACAGAGCACACCUGGGUGAGGGAAACUCCAGGGCACACAGAGACUGAGAGGGCCAGCACAGAGGUGAUCAAACCAGCCCCCACUUUGUGCCUAGAUGUUCUGACAUGGGUCAGUUCCCACCAUGCAGCCCGGUGGUGAGGCAGCCAGUCUCAGGCAGGGAUCACAGAUCCCAAAACAGACACACUUGUUUUCCCAAGGGUUCGCUAGCACCUCUUUGAAGGCUGUGGCACUGUCAGAAGAGCUAUAAAAAUUGGAGUGCUACUGCUUCUCUGAGCUCAUCAGUGGCGCUUGGGUUCCUGUGUCCAGCCUUGGAGGAAGUCCAGAUACUGGAUGGGGAAAAAAAAUCCAUACAAUUCCACUAACAGCAGGCAGUUAACAAUCCAGCAGCAGUGCUCCAGAGCUGGUAGUGAGGAAUUUCUGUUCUCCCUGUCUCAUAACACAGAAACGAGGCAACACUCAAUGAAACUGAAAGGUGGGAAAUUCAAAAUGGAUAAAAGGAAAUCCCUUUUCUCACAAUGACUGUGGAACUGACCGCCACAUGAAGUCAUGAAGGUGAAGAACUUAAGAUUCAAAAAGAGACUGGCUAUGGAUAACAUCGCAAGGAGCAAACAGCCCAGUGUCCUACCAGCCAGGGCUCUGCUCACCAGCUAAUGUGUUGCAGCCAAUAUCAGCGCCCCUGCACUGCAGCUGCAGGUUCCACGGGGGGCUCGUAGGAGAUCACUGAGCAUUGAACAGAAAAGAGAGAGAGGAGCUCUUGCUAUUUAACUCUUCGAAUGCUGGCCUUGUCCAGCUCAAUGACUGCGUUAGAGAAUCAUCUCCAUUGGCUCCUAAAUGAUGGCAAAGCCUCCAGAAUGAGAAACUCCUGCUCCAGAGAUCUAAGGUCUAAGACAGCUAAGGAUCAAAGGUUGCCAGCUCGGGCAGCAGUGGCUUGGUGGCCUGUCUGUCCUUAGCUGGGGUCACCGACAGUCCUGGGGAGCUAAGGGCUGCUUGCAGAGCUGCACCCUCCCUCCUUGGAACGGCUCUUUAGCAAAGGGCCCUCUGAAGGUGAGAACUGGGGUGAGACGAGGGCAGCUAAUGCUGGGACUGGAGUUUCAGUUGUCCUGGGCUCGCGAGUGAGGAAGAAAGGGGAGCGAGACUAGAUAGACUUUACCCCCACAUACAUACUGCCUGCCUGCAUUAUUGAUUUGGUUUUACUAGACAUGGGCUGCAGCCAUGAAUUUUGGAUCUGGAUGUAAAGAUCGGGUGUAUUUGGAUCCAAAGUUCUGGUUCAGCCCAUUACAAACAGGGAGCAAAAUCGGGAACCAGCCCCCAUCUCAAAACCCUGCAGAAUUCCUAGAUCCUCCGGUCCUGGCCUCGCUCCAGGUUUAUUUCUGACCAAAGCACGGGCCUACGAGCAGGGUGUGCCGUGCCCUCCAAUGGCCAGAGCCCCUGCAACAUGAAUACAGAGCCCCGGACUGCCCCACACAGGAGCUGCGGUUUGUAUCCACGUGAGUCUGGAUAGCUCAGCAUAAACCCAGGUAGCUAUUGUUUUAAUUCACGCCUGGAUUUGCAGAACCUAAAACCCUGUGGCCCUUUGUAUUUCAAGCCUUUGUGUUUCUGGGUAUUUAUAUUUCUGUUUUUCCACCGGCUUGCUCAGCACCCUGAGAAGCCAUUUGCAGGGGUAAGUAUAACCCACGGCCUGGUCUUCGCUGGCUAGUUGCAGAUCCCAGUUUACUCAGCCUACAACUGCCUGCUUUGGGACUUCCUCCCCUUCUGCUGAACCACAGAGAGUUGCUCCAUGUGAGGACUGGGCUGCACAGCUGGCUGCUUUUCCCUCUGACGUGGGGUGUAGCCCUGAGCUGGGUUCUGAUGGGGGAGGAGUCCUGAAUAAAUAACGCCAUGGCUGCGCUAGCUGGAUGGGGGGAAAUGCUGGUAGGUUGGUUGCUAGAUCUUGGAUUUCAGCCCCAGCCGUGGCUCCCGGAGGCUAAGGAACCUGGGCAGAGCAAGUACAGAAGCAGAAGGCA